UUUAAAUUUUUCGAAAUGACAUUAAGUUUGCAAAAUGGACAUUCAACUUCUUGGUCUAAAAAAUGUAGUGCUCAUUAUACAACAUAUACACCAACUUCAUUAACCCUCAAUCGAUCUUUAAAUUUAUAUCCAUUAACAAAUUAUACUUUUGGAACCAAAGAAGCUCUUUUGGAGAAAGAUGCAUCAGUUGCCGCCAGAUUCCAAAGAAUGAGAGAUGAAUUUGAUAAAUUAGGUAUGAGACGUUCUGUUGAAGCUGUAUUGUUAGUUCAUGAACACCAUCUGCCACAUGUACUUUUAUUGCAAUUGGGAACUACAUUUUUUAAACUACCAGGAGGAGAAUUGAAACCAGGAGAAGAUGAAGUUGAAGGUCUGAAAAGGCUUCUCAAGGAAACUGUUGGCAACAAACAAGAUGACAGUAUUCUAACUGAUUGGGUUGUUGAAGAUACAUUAGGAAAUUGGUGGAGGCCAAAUUUUGAACCCCCACAGUAUCCAUAUAUACCACCACAUGUUACAAAGCCAAAAGAGCAUAAAAAAUUAUUUCUUUGCCAAUUACCAGAUAAAGCUUUGUUUGCUGUACCUAAGAAUUAUAAAUUGGUGGCAGCACCCUUAUUUGAGUUGUUUGACAAUUCUGCAGGUUAUGGUCCAGUCAUAUCUAGUUUGCCACAAGCAUUGAGCAGAAUCAAUUUCGAUUACGUUUAAAAACCUCAAGAAACAAAAAGGAAGAGAUUAUAUCCUAUUUAUUUUGAUUAUGUAUAUGUUGUAAAUCCAAUAUUUGUUUAUAAAU